CAGUUUCUUUUAAUAUCCGGCAACGCCAGACACUUACAGUUAUUUUUAAGGCGCGUGCAUUUUAUUAUGAUUAAAAUUAAUUCGCAAGUUUAAUUAUGGCAGCCUUAAUUACCAAAUCCAUUAAAAUAGUACAGUUCAAUGCUGAAAAUGUAAAAGCUUGUCCAAACAAGAUGAGCCCUACUUUCUGGAAGAGCGAUAGUGACAAAGAGGAAGCGGAGUCUCCAUGGGAAUUGACGAGCACAAAUCCCUUUCGAAAUAUGCUAGAGGACGAGCAAUAUUUAAAUCAGGAGCUAGAGUUGGAAAGUAAACUAAGUGCUGAGUGUCGCAUGAACAACUUCAUACAUCGCAUUCUAUCCCGCGAAGCAGUGCCGGAAUAUGCACUUUCGGAUGCAGUGUUCAAUGUGGAUAAGCCCAGAGAUGCUGUGGCUUUGGGUGAGGAGUUGCCUAUUGAGCCUCUGUCGGAGGAGUAUGUUGUCGGACAUCUGAUGAUAUUGGAGAUAAUCGAGGUGUAUAGUCCCUUUCAGUUCUGGUUCCACAAAUACAAGGACUCGCAAUUGCUCAACCAGAUGAACAGUCAAAUCAAUGAGAUUUUUUCUUCGGACCACGCCAUUAGGAAUUGGAAGCUACCCCCUUUCUUUAUAAAGCCCGGAUAUAUAUGCGCUGUCUGUUACGAGUUCAUCUGGCGACGUGCUCGCAUUGUCCACGGACCAGAGACGUACAAUAAGAAGGUAUCCCUCUAUUUGGUCGACUAUGGCAAGGCUAUAGAGGUGCCAACCGAGAAUCUCUAUUUUCUACAUAAAUCCUUUAUGGAUCAGCCGGCAUUGGCCAAGCGGGGCACACUGACUGAUGUGGUUCCCUUUCACUUCCACUGGCCAUCCGAUGUGACGGAGUUUUUCAGACGCCUGGUAACCAAUCGACAAUUGCAUGGCUGCAUUAAGGAUGUGGAUUUGGAUGAACGCAUUCUAUAUGUCAAUCUGUGGGAUACCAAUAACCAUCAGGUCACAGUCAGCUCAGAGCUGAUCAAGUCCAAACUGGCCGGUUCCAGUCGCAACUACUGCGAUGAAGUACGCGCUCAUAACAACGGACGUCAUUUACGCUAUGUGCGUGAGCUUCUGCCCACCUUUGAUAUAUUGGAGUCGCAGCUGUUUCCCACAGACUCCGAGACAUUCGAAAACCAGUUUGAUGAAAUCAUCUAUAAACCUGAAUUCUUGCGUGAUUUUCAACCGCCUGUACUUACAAAUCCGUUUCGACGUGGCCUUCAGGAUGCGCUGGUCGCUUGGUUGGAGAAAUUUAAGCCUGGGGAAAUAGCCUGGCGCAAACUCCAACAGAAUGCCAAGAAUAAUUAACAACUAUAACUUAACUAUAUUCAAUUUUUAUAUUACAUACUAGAUUUGUAAAUCAGUUUUUCAUUUGAUCUAACAAUUUACGUAUUAUAAUUCGAAUUUAAAUGACAACAGCCAGCUUAUAAUUUAAUCAAAUUUACAAAUAUGUAAUUGUUAUAAUACAUAUCAAUUUAUGCUUUACAAGCCGAAUUUAUUUGACAAUAAUUAAUCUGUAAACUAUCGCGGUAUUUUAAAUGGGCAACACAAUGUUAAAGUAUUAUAAUUCCCAUAAAAUUAUAUACAACUAAUAAUGAG